GUAUCGCCGGCCGCGAGCCCCCCAGCCGACACUGUCGGGGUGCCAGCCGUGACAACCAAGGCCUUGACCAGGGCCAAGAGCAUCGCUCUCUCUAAUGAGGAGGGCCAGGCGAUAGACUCCACCACCAAGGAGAUGAACAGCGUGGAGUCCCUGCCUAGAUAUUGGGGCCAUGCUUCCGAGAAUACUGACUUCAAUGCCAUGCUCUACAGCAACGAUGACCAGGUGGAUCAUUUCACGGAGCUCCUGAAUACCACCUACCUCGCGCGGUGCACACAAGACAGGCCUUGCCCGAAAGCUGCCUGCCCCAAGACGCCGGGGGGCUGCCCUUGCGUCCAGCCUGACGGUGAUCCAGGCCUGCCGGCAAGUUACGUGGUGCGGCGCGUCAUCCGUGUGGAAGACUCAAGGAUGUGGAAGCGCUUCAUGAGGAAGCGGGACCAGAUUCGGCGGAACAGAUCCAGCUCCAUUGAGCAAGUAGAGCCGCCGGUGUGUACGUCAGGAUUGGUGAAGGAUCAACCGGGAACCUUCAACCCCUUGGAUGAGGGCCUGAACGAAUUUUACUUGUGGCACGGCACUCACGUUCGGGCAGCCCUCUCCAUUGCGCACGAAGACUUCCGGAUCGAUAUGGCUGGCUCCAAUGCGGGCACAAUGUACGGAAGAGGCUGCUAUUUGGCGGAAAACUGCACGAAAGCCGAUGAGUAUGCAAGGGACGAGCCUCACGGCUACUACGAGGGCGUCUUUGCUCUUCUGCUCUGCCGUGUCUGCAUGGGGAAGUUCCUCUACACAACGGAUCGCUAUGAAGCUGCAGGCGACAAGGUGAAGUCGGGCGAGUUUGACAGCACCGUUGGUGACAGGACCAAGAAGGCCAACACUUUCCGGGAGUUCGUGGUCUACAAUGCGGACCAGGUAUACCCUGAGUACGUUGUCCUCUACUCGCGACGUCCGCGGGCCGUGGCCCUGGAGACCUUCAAGUUCGAGUUGGGGGGAGAACUGCAUGCCGAGCUUCCGGUGUACUGGCAGCAUUGUCACGUAAAUCCCGGCGUCAACGCCUUCGAGGCACAGUAUGCUGUUCGUGCGACCUCCCGCUCCUUAUUGCAGCAGUUGGCGCAGGGCUGCUUCCCAGGUGGUGCGGGUGGUGACGCCUUCAUCAAGGUCAUCUCUGCUCGACGCAUCGAGAUGUCCAGCAUGUGGAACCGCUACGUGCAGUUCAAGCGCAGGCUUCGCCAGGAGCUGGAAGCGUCUGGGCUUGCUUCUUUCGCUUCUGCACAGCUCCUGGAGGGCAAGGCCUCGCGUGGUGUGUCCUGGCACGCAGAACGAUUCCACAAGUUUCAUAAUUCGCACGAGAUUCGCAGUGAGAUACUGACUUACUCUUACCUGAAGAACUUGACGGGCAAAGGAGUUCAAGCUACCGGUACGAUCUCCAUCGACACUUUGGACGACAGCAUCCAGGAGCACCUGCUUUGGCAUGGAACGUCCAGGGCUUCAGCGGAAGCAAUCGUCACUGCCGACUUUCGCAUUCCCAAGGAUGCCAAGCAUGGCUUUCGUUUCGGAAGUGGCUUGUACUUUGCAGAAGACAUCGGGAAAAGCCUGAGCUAUGCUCCCUUGGAGAAGGGGUCAGACGGUGGAAGCAAGUCGCAGUUUGUGCUCCUGUGCCGUGUACUCUGCGGGCAGAUGCACUACACGGAGGGACAGGUUGAUGGCAGCGCGUCGGCGAACGCCAAGCAGGUGGGAAAGCACGCGGUGCUGGCCAAUCCGCUAGCCGAGGGUCCCAGGGAGUUCAUCGUCCUGACGGAGAUGCAGGCAGAGUGCUUUCCCCCCAGCCAUAGAGCAAAAAUCCCUGUGGCGGCGAGGUCUACCCCGAGUACCUGGUGGAGGUGUCUGUGUCCAAGGCGGAGGGCCCUUGAGGUCUCGGAGGCCACGUGGCAGCAACAUAGCGGUCUUUGA